AUGGAUUACGCCGAGUGCUCGGAUUCACCGCAUCCUCUCCGAGCUCCACCGUCUAAUGAGAAGCUUAAGAAGAACUGCAGUCGAGAGCAUGCCCUUCCCGAAGGGAUCAAAUACGAUUACUACAACGAAUCUUGCCCGCUAGCAGAGCGAAUCAUCCGAUCUACCGUUCGAGAGCUGUGCAAUUUUCAGUCCAAUGCUGCCCCUUCUCUAUUGGGGCUUGACUUCGACCACUGCUCUGUCAAGGGGUACAGUAAUCAUUGUUAUGUGAUCUUGCCCAUUCAACUGCUAUUUUCAGAAAGAGCUCAGAAAGAGGCUCCUCUUAAUGUAUCUGGACAACCACCAAUUUACCGCAGUGCCACUGCCGGCAGCAGUGGCGGCGGCGGCGACACUGUCCACCAAGACACCACCAUCAGUGACAGUGUAGGUGUUGGAGGCAGCGGUGUUGGAGGUAGCAGUGGAGGGGCCGGUGCUAGUAGUAGUAGUGCUGGAGGCGACGACGAAGAGGAUGAUGAAAAAGUGGGGCUAAACGAAGGGGCUGACCAAUCGGAGGAAGACGAAGACGAAGACAAUGACGAUGACGAUGAAGAUAGAGAGAGAGAAAUUACAAAUAUAUGA